AAUGUGUCAGGUAAGGGCUUUCACCCACGCAAAUAUGUGCUCAAUGUCGUCUGCUGGAGGAUUCUAUCGGCAAUCGCACAUAUUCAGGAACAAGGAAUCGGAUGCUUUAUGUUGGGCUCAGUAACAGCUGGAGCAAUAUAUAAAGUAUCUUAAGCCUUGAGCUAGGCUUGUUUGAUUCAUCACAUCAUGAAGCGUGAACGUCAGGAAGAGGAGCAUAGACUGGAGGUACGUGUAGCAGAAGAUCGUGAUUUUGAGCGGCUAAAGCAACUUUGUGAUUGUCAUGAUGGCUGGAACCUAGCCUUUGAUCACCCACCCACCAAAGUUUAUACCAGACCAACAAAAGAUUCAACAUUUCAAAUGAUAAAGGUGUGUACUGUGUACAGUGACAUAGAUGCCAAUGUGUUAUAUGAUGUCCUCCAUGAUCCACAUUAUCGCCAAAUAUGGGACAAACACAUGAUUCAUUCUGUAGAUGUUGGCUACCUCAACCCCAAUAAUGAUGUUUCCUACUAUGCAAUUUCAUGUCCAACACCUUUAAAAAAUCGGGAUUUUGUCCUGCAGAGGUCUUGGCUGGAUACCGGCCGAGAGUUGUAUGUUCUGAAUCAUUCUGUAUACCAUCACCAGUAUCCUCCAAAGAAAGGCUUUGUACGAGGUCUUUCUCACCUUACUGGCUACCUGAUUCGCCCACUACCUUCUGGUGGGUGUUCCUUCAGUUACGUCUCUCACUGCGACCCCAGAGGAACAUUACCACCUUGGCUUGUCAACAAGUUAACUCAUGUGCUUGCUCCUAAGAUGGUGAAGACAUUACAUAAAGCAAGUAGAAAGUACAUUGAUUGGAAGUCUCACAACAAUCCAAAUUACAAACCUUGGAUCUACCCAGAGCAGAUCAACUUACCCAGGAUAACCAUUAACCAGUGCACAAAGAGUCCUGCUGAUGACAUGGUGGACAUUGUGGAUGAAUCUCAUGUUGAUGAAAAAGCUCUUGCUCACCUCAGCAACGAUGACUUUUAAGGAUAUGUAGAGUUUAGGAAUCCAUUUGUGAUAUUGUAAGGAGCAUUGACCUUGCACCAACAAUGAUAAUGGAGGUUUUAGAUAAUGAAUUUUGUGAAGUCUCUCACUUAGAUAAGUGGUUGUUUCUUAAAUUGCAUCAUUUUAUUAUGAACUGAGUCAUGAAUCUCAUGACAAACAGUGUCCAAGAAAGAAAAAGUUACAGAUUGUAUUCCAAGACAGAAGCAGUCACAACAUAGUCUUGCUGUCAUUUUCAUAAUUGUUGGUAUCGCUCCAUUCAUUGUGAUAGAGAUAAAAGAUGACCCUGUGCAGUAUGAAUCUUUCUGGGUUUGGCACUUUAUCUGAUUAUAUUAUUAUUGUUGUUACAGAUUACCAUUAACUAUUUUAUCAAAUUUUAGUGCCAUUAUGUAAUGUGAAAUGAAGAAUUUGGAUAUAAUCAAGUGAAAAAUUAAAUUAUUGUUUAAUUGCGAGUUCCGUUAAUUAGUUUUUGUUAGUUGAAGUAUUAGGAAUUUAAUUGUUACUCUUUAUGUUACCCUUAAUUUUAUCUCAAAAAAGAAGUUAAAAUGUUAGGGCUUAUUUUAUAUUAAAUUACUGAUGUGCUAUAAGUAGUGUGUUUUGAGAAGAAUUUUUUCCAUUUUUUAUACACGCUAUGUUUCACAAAGAUAUACAGUAUAUCUGUAUAUACCUGUAUACAGGUACUGUAUACUUUUCUUUUGAGAUGGUGAACGUAAGCCUAAUAUUCUUCAUUACGGUACAGUGAAAGGCUGCAUGGGCUUCCCUGCUAGUCUGUGAACUGCAUGUACGCACAUAAUAUUGUUUUCUGACAAACUUCUUAGUAAAUUAUAAUAAUUACCAAAGUGCAAUGACUUGCCAUUUAAGAUUGAUUUAUUAUCAGCUUUAGGGUUAUUGUGAUGGCCUUAGAAUUAUUCCCUUCCUCAAUAUGAUCUUUUCAUUUAAUUGUGAAAAACUAGGAAAAAUGCAGCAUUUCCACAAUAUUAUCAGCUUGAGUAAAUGUUUUACAGUACUGUACUCUUUAUUUUGUUAAUGUUUAUAGAAUUAUUAUAAAUCCCAAGAGUGCAAUUAAUAACAAAAAUGUUUCUGAUGACUUAACAUAAAUACUGUGUGUAUAAGAGUUGUAAUGAACAGUAUUUUGUCAGUAAAAGAAAAAAAAAACCCUGAAUAUAUAUCUCAAAAUAGUUAUUUAGUAUUUCUGCAAGGCUAAAAUUGCUAUAUACAAGUUAUUUAAAACAAGACUAUCUUUGCAAUAAAGCUUUAAAAUAAGAAAAUAUUGUAUAUAAGUCUGUAUGCAUACCAUAUUACAGUACUUGUGCAUUAAUAUUUGUGGACCUAGAAACAAAAGUACAGUCUUUCUCCCAAUCAACUAAUGAAAGCAUUAUGCAACAGAUAUACAACCUUGAUUAUUGGUGACCAAUAUACAUCUCAAAAUAUUCCCAGUUUAAAAAUGCUAAGGUUGGGAGCUGGGACAAAGUGUGUGAGUGUACAGUACACUCAUAUGGCAUCACCCAUAGAGAUACUAAGGCCACACUGUCAAAGUUAUUUAUAAGAGUAAAUGAAGAAGGCAGUAAGGAAAAUGAAUAAUUCAAAAACAUUAUGUACUGUGGAGAGCUAGAUUUAUUUUUUCUAUUCAUUUAUAAAUUAGCUGGCUUGUGGGGAAUCUUACCUACCCCUAAUGGGCAUUUUUUUUUUUUCUGAAUAAAGAAUGUCAAACAUGAUAAAAUUCUAAAGAAAUCACAUUUAUAGUACUUUUUAGCAUUUUAUAAAAUGAAGAUGAGAUCAUCCUGAAGCCUAGUAACAGGUUGGCAAAAUUUUGUAUAACAUAAUUACUUUUUAAGAGUGUAAUACUCAAGUAUAGUACUUUAAAAUAUUUCUUAAUGUGUUUUCAUGGAUAAUUAACUAUUUAGACUAGACAUAAGGGUUCAUUAUCAUUUUACGUGUGUUCUAGUGUGUGGCAUUGUACUCCCUGAAGCAAGAUAACAUGCAAAGGUUCUUUUCUAUGAAAUUACAGCACUUUAAUAUUCUUAUCACUUAGUUGUGAAAUUUUCGUCCUAAUUUUCCAUUAAUACAACAAAAAUCUCUUACUUUUAUCUAAUUAUUGUUUACUUAUAUACUUCAUUGUAAACACUUGGUCUAAAGCCUCCUUGUUCAUCUGUGAUCGCUGCAGUUUGUUUAACUCUGAAUUCUUUCAGGUAAUUACUCUAACCAUACACUUUACGCUGGUAAAUUCAACAGCUUUAAUCCUUUUUUUUUUUUUAUGUCUUCAUCAAACAUAAUAUUGUUGUAAUGGUUACAAAUGCUAGAAAUCAUUGUCAAAUCCUGUCCAGACUAUUGUACAAUAACACUAGUGUGUUUCCCAUACAGUACUGACUAAACAUCCCUGGUGGGACCCUUCAAGAUAGGUGCCUUGAUGUUAGUGAAAGACACUUGAUCUAAGAUAUUGCAGUCACCCUCCCCUUCCUCAGAUCAAACCUAAUUGCCUUCCUUAUCCCAGGUGCUGUAUGACACCCAUGGGUUUAGAGCUUUACCAUGAAAAUAAUAAUUUUCUGGUGAUGCAUAAACCACAAGUAGAUAUUUUACAGAAUACAAAUUUGGCACAUACACCAAAGAUGUUUGCCCAGUAUAAAUUAAUGUACAUGUAUGUUGUCUUCCAAAUCAGAUUCAGUGGCUUAGGUAUUCUGAUAUUGGCUUCAAGAAUGUUGAUAAUUAUGGCAUUCUUUUGACUGGAACCUACUACUUGCAUCACCAAUAACUAAGGUUGUAUUGUUAUAUUUGUAUAAAUGGAAGCAGUUAAUGAAAAAAAAAUUAGGUGCAGAGCAAGCUUUUAUUGUGAGUGUUUCACUCUACUGUAUGUAGAGCUUUAACAAGUUAAUGCCAAUGUUUUGCCCUAGAGCUUUAUAAAGUUAGUGGUAAGGGUAGCAAUCUGGUUGGAAGAGGGGGCUAGAGGGCUUAUCUUGAAGCAGCAUUACUAUUAUUAUGUUUAACAAAAAAAGGCACAAUACCGUGACUGGAACGAUACACAAAUAACCCGCACAUAACCAGUGUGACUUUGUAAAUGGUCCAAGUCGGACCGAAACGUCGUUGUAAGCUUCUCUCUUUUAUGUGCGGGUUAUUUGUGUAUUAUUAUUUUUAUUUGAGGCUGGUGGAAUUUUUGAGGGAGCUUCAGCCUCCUUGGUGCUGCGACUGAUUUUAGAGCAAAACUUUGUCACAAUAAAAGUUUGCUCUUCAUUUGUGUGUCUUCUUUACUAUUGUUGGCAGUAAGCCUUUGUAUCCAGUGGAAGCAGUUAUGUUAUUAUAUACAGUUAGCGAGAUUCUUGUUGAUAUCGUAUAGGGAAGUCUUAUUCUGUAAAGUCAUAAAUAAUUGAACUUUUAUAAACCUUUUGAAAAUAAAGUAGAAUUAUACGGGUUUUAGAGUACUUAUGUGAUAACUUUAUAUAAAUGAAUCAGAGGGAUGAUAGUAUAUAUCAUCCCAGAAUUAUGAUACUGCAGCACAAGACUGUAUUGUGUUGAGUUUAUACUAUAAUAUGUGGAAAAUUCAUUAAGAUAUUAAGUUCAUCAUUCAUAUAUUUUUAUUCUGGUACCAUUAAGGGAAUUGGUAAUUUUACGAUAAUACAAAAACAUGUAAUAAUAAAAGCACUAUUAACAGAGUGCUAGAUUCACUAUUAUUGCUCCAUGCCACAUUAAAACUCCUGAGGCUGUGUAACAUGAGAUGUUACUGGGUGUGUGUGUGUUUCUGGGCCAGUUAGCCAGAUGACUCGCUAGUCAUUUAAUAUUUACCUUGCUUACAGCCUCCAUGGGGGCAGAGACCACUUGUUUCAGAAAUGCUGGGUCUCUAUUUGUUAAUAGUGGUUUUGUUGUUAUGAAGAAUAUAUAGGAAUUACAUGUUUUUUUUUUUAA